UAGUAUAUCAUCUAACAUCGGAUGUUAUAUUAAACGGAAAUUGUGUAAACCACAAUUACGAAGUGAAAUGAAUAUUGUCAUGUGGAGAUAAAAGUUUAGACACAUUAUGAAGAUAUGGGCGGCCGCGGUUUGGUUCCGUCUAUGGUGGUUCCGUUAUGGAGGUGGGGACGACGACGGUACCAACCCACUCACGUCACGGCGCUCGGAGUGGAUAGAGUCAGUCCCGAAAUACACUUCAGCACAGUUAAACACACACACAAGAUCGCCUGAAGAAAAGAAGUGAGGCGUCGUUGUCGUCGCGACGUUGAAAGAAUCAAGAGAGAGUGUGCCGGUCGGAGUGGACAACUGAAGAAGACUAAAUAUUACGGAACCGCGCCACCGAGACCACGAGAGAACAUUUGUAUAUAAAACCAGUAAAUUGUGUACAAUUCGUCGCGUGUUUGUAUAUAAACGGUGUAUACAAUAUUUGUGUAUACAACUCGUAACGAGUAUCAAAUGUUUGUAAUAUAGCCGCGGCAGUAAGUCAUUGAAGAUUAAACUGUUUGGACAAGGAUACAGGCCUUAUAAUAAAGUAAAUGUUUACGGGGCAGUAGUUUGCCAUAUACACGAAUCGCGGGUAAUAUGAUGAAGGAGCAACAGUUGACCGAGGUCAGCGGGUCGGACCAGUUGCCAUCGGUCGUUCAUCAGCAAACCAUUAAUAUCCAACAGCAUCUUCAUCAUCUUCACCUCCAUCAACAUCAACAUAAUAGCGUUAUUUUAUCAACGGCAGUGGAACAGCAAGCUCAAAAUCAAACCCAACAGCAAUCCAACCAAUUGCAGCAACCCCAACAACAAGAAGUCCAACAUGUCCAACCAGAAAGUACCGCGCCCGAUUCGGACACAAAACCGAGCAGUUCAGAAAAAAAAUCCGGUAUGCGAAGGCAAGAAAAACCACCCUAUUCUUACAUAGCAUUAAUAGUAAUGGCCAUUCAACAUUCGCCGACAAAACGUUUAACGCUAAGCGAAAUUUAUACAUUUCUUCAACAACGUUUUCCAUUUUUCCGAGGAUCUUACCAAGGGUGGAAAAACUCCGUUCGUCAUAAUCUUUCAUUAAACGAAUGCUUUAUAAAAUUACCCAAAGGAUUAGGACGUCCCGGUAAAGGACAUUAUUGGACCAUCGACCCCGCCAGUGAAUUCAUGUUCGAAGAGGGUUCUUUCAGAAGACGCCCGCGCGGAUUUCGACGAAAAUGUCAAGCGAUGAAACCCCAAUACCACCCAACAUUUUUCGGCAACAACAUGCCAAUGGUCAACCAACCAACGGGUUACGAACACCAAAAUUUGGUUCCAACACAAGAAUACUCAACUUGUUCUUACAACACUGCGCCAACUCAAGUGUCCUCGGUGAGCGGAUCUCAUUAUUCUACUUACGAAUAUCCGGUGUAUCAGCAACAAACCGAUCGUGAGUGGAGUUCUACACCGGCGAUUUUACCACCGUAUCCCGAUGCUACAAUUUCAACUACGUACUUGAAGGCGCCCCUUAGUCCUAUUCAAAGUACUCAAGAAUGUCUGUCGCCUCCACCUCCUAGCGUCUCAGAAUCAUUUAAUUAUACUUAUGGAAUGCCUUCACCGUCGGAUAAUAUUAUGAGAACUUCAGGGGGUACAAUGCAGCCGGUUCAGUGUGACAGAAAACCCUACCUCAGCACAACACCGCCAUCAAUUCCGACUUCGAUACCGUCACCACCAGCAGCAAACACAGCACAAUAUUACGAGCAACACAUCAACAUCAAAUACACAAUUUAGAUUGUGGUGUUGAUUCUUAACUUUUCACUAGUUAAAGAUAAUGAGAACUUUAAUAAAUUAAUUUUUAAAAAUAUCAACCAUUUUUACAAUUUGGCUUUGUUGCUUCUAUAUUUUGCACUCUCAAAGUAUCUUUUGUAAGUUCUCGGCGAAUCCUUGCGAUGUAUAUAGCGUAUUUAUUUUAUGUCAAGAUUUUUUUUUGUUGUAAAUAUGUUUUAACACUUUUUUUUAUAGAUAUACAGCUGUACUACCAAAAAGAUAAAAAAAAUUGUAUAAAGUUGUGCGCGAUUAUUAGCUAUACUUAUUAUAAAUAAAGACGAUUUGUAAUA